GAACAUCUGAUUGCGGGAGCUUCUCCAUCGCCGUUCCCGAGGAAGAUCUUCCCAGGUUUCGACAUCCGCGACAUGAACGCUUUCCCCAAAAUUCAGAGGAACGUAGCGCAAUCCUCAUGCCAAUGGAGUCGCUUCUUCUACCAGAAUGCCCGACCACAAACGAUUCGCUCCACGCGGUUUCCUGGAACAUCUCGCAAUGCCUCAAGUUCAAGGCCGCCGCCGUCCCAGCAACGGCAACAAAAUGCUUACGCUCCAUCAAUGGAACAAGUGAACGCACAUUAUAAGAAGAAGAAUACAUCAAUGGCGCUGUACACCAUGAGUAUCAUCCUCGGCACUAUCGCCUUGUCCUAUGGCUCGGUUCCUCUAUACAAAAUGAUCUGCCAAACCACAGGAUGGGGAGGUCAACCAGUGCGUGCCCAUGGCCCCAACGUCUCUUACGACGACGACGCAGAAGCUCUCGCCGCCCGGCUCAUCCCCGUGAAGGACGCGAAACGCAUCCGCGUCACCUUCAACGCCUCCGUCUCGGACGUGCUACCCUGGAAGUUCGUCCCGCAACAACGAGAAGUCCGUGUACUCCCUGGCGAGACGGCCCUGGCCUUCUACACGGCAACGAACAAAAGCGAUCGCGAUAUCGUCGGCGUGGCGACGUACAGCGUAACUCCGGCGCAGGUGGCCCCGUACUUCUCCAAGAUCCAGUGCUUCUGCUUCGAGCAGCAGCGGCUCGCGGCCGGCGAGACUGUGGACAUGCCUGUCUUCUUCUACUUGGAUCCGGAUAUAUUGCAAGAUUUCAACACGCGGAAAAUCGAGACGGUUACGCUGUCGUAUACAUUCUUCAAGGCCAAAUUCGACGACAAUGGGAACAUCGACCUGCCGGCCGGGUUGCCCAACCCCGCAAAGUGAACCGGAAGUGUACGUUAGGAUUGCAUGAUAGAAGGUGCCCCAAUUUUCUUGUACUUCAAAAACUUUCAGCUCUUUUGUAUUACAACCAUACAACAUUGCGUUGGGGUGAGGGGGGGAUCUGUAUUGGCGAUUGCCGAUGAGAGAGGCGUUUCAUGGAAGGAAAACAUCCAAGGCCAACUACUGCAUACAAGGCUUGAGACCCUAGGUUGGAAAGAAAAGCCUAAUCUCAGCCCCAAUAGACGGAGCUAUGAGUUCUUCUGUACCUUGGCGAACAGCACCACCCAGUCGGUGUAUGGCUUCGAUGUCAAAAAAGUGAUUUUCUUUCCGAGUCGACAGUUUGUCCCAGAACUGAAUAUCACGCGACCCGUCAC